AUGUCGUUGAAUGGUAGUCGUUCCGUUCUUAAUCGAUGGAAGAAGAAUCGUACCCAAUCAGGUAUAUCUACCAGUUCCGCGCCACCUGAAACAAAUGGUACGACUAGACCUACUACAUCCGGCGGAUUGGCUUCAUGGACGGAAUACACUCCAAGCUCAGAAGAACCAUUUCAAAAAGCCGUUGAAGAAGCUGUGCUCAAUGCUCUCAAUAGUGAUGCCUUCAGAAACGUCAUUUCAUCUCAGAUCGAUCCCGUGACUGGUGCUCUUUCCCGACAGCAAGAGAAGUUGAAUGCUUUAAAAAUUUCAACAUUAAAUCUUGAGUCAUCUUUCAAUUCCGCAAACAUCAAAUCUACUUUGGAUCCAGCUCUCAAACCAAUCAGCCAAUUGAUCGAUGAUAUUCCAGACACCGAGGACGAAAUCGAAUCCCUUGCGGAAGGUCAAAAGAAGAUUCUAGAGAUUUUAAAAUCACUAGACGAGCGUCUGAAUGGAAUCGAUUCGAAGUUUGAGGAGUUUGAGCAGAAAAUAACAAGCCUUGAUGGGGAGAUUGUGAACGCAGAUUUGAGAUCUGCCAUCCGGUUCGGGGAAUUAUCCAAUGAACUUCAGGACCGAAACAAGAUGCUUGGGGAGAGAUUAUGGUCGGUGGAAGGAGAUUUGGGUAAAAAGAUUGACGGUAGCCACCGGAAAAUGAUCGGAAUGAUUGAGGAUCUAGGGAAAUCCAGUCGAAAUGUCAUCAAUAAAGUUUCUUCGAUGGAAUUUGACUCAUCAUCCUCGAAUUCUAGCAAACUCGAUGAGAUGUUGAAUGAAAACUCCCAGAUGGUCGAUAGGAUGGAAAGCUUAAAGAAGAGUGUGUCAAAGUUGGAAGAAUCCCAGAAGAGUAUUCAAAGCACAGAGAAGGGAUUAGCUCGCAACAUCCAGGAAGUCCGCGAAAUUGUCUCUUCUCUCAACACAUCAUCGCUUGAACAUCAUUCAAAGAGGCUGGAUGAUAUCGAAAGGGGCAUUAUUACUGUUCGAAAGGAACUAGAAGGUCAAGGACAUAUGGCAUCUAUCGACUCCAAAUUACUAUCGACAAACACAUCUCGUCUCAGCAGCAUCAUCGAGCAAGUCACCAAAAUUACUGAAGUCGUCGAAUCCGUCAACGAGCAUGUCUCAGCCAAUGACCAAUCUAUUCACAUCUCGAAUUCCGAAAAAUUGGAUAAUCUUUCCUCAACAACAGCAACCGUGAGAGACACUGUCGAUCGAGUCGAGCAACACGUGAGAACAUUGAAUACAUCUCAAUUCGAUGCUCACAGAGAUAAACUCACUAUGAUCGCAUCAAUGAUGACUAGCUUCGCUGAAUCAAUGGCUGAUAUCCAAGAUGGUGUCUCGAAAACAACUUCAGCUCUUCUUCCAAGUAAUGAAGUGGCCAAAUUUGAUGACUUGGUUAGUCGACUGUCGGACAUGCGAGCAGAAUUAGACGCAAGACUUGAGGCUCAAAGUAACACCCUCGAAGAUAUUCACAAGCAGACAGUGUUACCGUUGGAUGCCAAAAGAUUGGAUGAUAUUGCCACUUUGCUUAACAGCCUUCAAUCCGCAUCUCACAGUGAUUCUCUAGCUACACUCUUGGCAUCUCACACUACUAAACUUGAUACUAUUUCUCACGAUCUAUCGUCUUUCCACUCCAGUACCGAAACGACCCUCAAGACCGUCACAAUCAGCCUUGAUACUAUUGAUCAGCACGUUGAGAAUGUUACAUCUUCUGGACAUGAAAGCGUCCAAGGCUUGUAUUCUCGAUUUGAAAGAUUUGGUACAUCUCUAGACAAUCACGAUGUUGUCCUGAGAGAUAUCAACAAGAGCACUGCCAAUCACGAAAUAUUUGGAGAGAUCAGGCAAGCGCUAGAGACUAUCACAAAUGUCACUGGUUCUAACGCUCGAUCAAUCGAAGCUGUUCAUACCGACGUCUUAGAGAUCAAGGAUACCAGCAUCGGAAAAACCCAGAAUGAAAUCCUCGCCAUCAGACAACUUCUCGUGGACAACACAACCUCUCUUGCUACAGCUUAUGAUGGAAUUCUUUCGGUUGACACAAAAAUCAAGAGCAGCGAAGAAUCCGUCACUACUGCCAUCCAAAACCUUCACUCAGCAAUUGGAACCGAUAUCCAUGACAACAAGUCCGCUCUCAUCACCGAACUUGGGAUGGAAAUGAAAACCCUAAGCUCAAUAUUUACAACUACUACGAGCGAGUUGAGAUCGGAUAUCAAAAAUAUUGACUUCGGUCCGACAAACACAUCUAUCGAUGCAUUAAGCAGAGAUGUUCAAUCCACCUACCAAACCUCGGUGGAAACGGCCGGAAAUCUGGCCGCCCUUCCAGAGGCAUUUACUAAUUUUAAAUCACAUGUAUCAUCCGAGAACGUUUCAAUGAACAUGUCAAUAGAUUCUAUAUCAAAGUUUGUAGCAUCGAUUGAUGAGGCAAUCAAAGAGACUGGGAGAGACGUUCAAGGUAAUACUGAGAUCUUGACAAACAUUAAGUCAAGUGUUGCUAUAAGUACCAAUGACAUUAGAUUCCUUUUAGAUAAACAGGUUCCCCUGAUUCGCCAGGAUAUCCAGGCCAUCGAUUUCAGCGAGCUCGAGUCCGCUGCCAUCAAGAAUCAAGCCUCCGUUGAUUCUAUCGAGAAAGCCGUUCCCCAAAUCUUCAAAAUCGCUAAUGACCAUGCAUUGGCCUUAUCACAACUGGAUUAUAAGAUGAAAUACCUUAUCGCAGGAGAUAUUGCGAAGAUUGGAAAAGCGAUUGAGGCCGUGGACCAAGCCCUGUCAAAGGCCGCUCUGGAGACCAUAGGUGCCGUGGAAGGCAACGCAGCGAGGCUUUCAAACAUCCGUGAGACAGUUUUAGAUACUUAUAAUACCGUGGAUACAUUGACCCGUACUGACAUUCCUGGUAUCAGCUUUUUCCUCUCGAGCCUCCAGACAUUCCAAAGAGAGUCCAAUUCUCAAACCCUGGAAAAAUUGCAGAACUAUGACAAUGCCACUGGAUCCAUCCGUGACGCCAUUGAACAUAACUCUACAAAAAUAAACGACAAUACCUCGCUACUCUCAAACAUCAAGAACGACUUGAUUUCAUCGGCUGAAAUCAACUCUUCAACGAUCCAUGCCUUAUCUUCGAAUAUUCUCAACCUCGAUUCAACAGUGCGGCAAACCACAACCGCCGUACGUGUUAAUGGAGCGGCCCUAGCUCGAAUCGACAAAGAUGUACUCGAAACCGGUGCACAAGUGAAAUCCGUUGUUCUUGAAGGGAAUAAGCGACUUACCAAGGAACUCGACAAAGCAGUCUCGCAACUCGACGAACUGUCUCACGACAACGGCACCCGAAUACGUGGAAUCUCCGAUUAUGUUUUCCCGAAGAUUGAAAGCGAGAUGAGAGGCUUUCAUACUACACUCGAACGACUGACGCACAACAAUAUCGAUGGACUUAGAAGAACACGCGAUGCUCUAGCCGUUAUAGGCACUAAAAUAGCGGGGACAUCUAGAAAGUUUGAUGAUUUAGUUGAUGCUGUUCAUUCGAGUGAUGAUCUGGAUCAUUUAUCUCAUAGCAAAACUUUGGUUGGAGGCAAUUGGCUUGCCUUUCCGCCUUCGUUGAUAAAUAAUAACCAGCAUGGGAAGAUUCCUGGCGAGCACCGUAUACUUGGGACGAGGAGAAGUAGGGGUGGAAGUAAUGCUAGUAGUACUAAGGAUGGUCUUGCUUUGAGUGGUUUGAGGUUGCAAGCUUUUACACAAGGGCAUUCAAGUUUAUCAUGA